AUGCAGGCGUCUAGCGCCGCGGCGACGACAACGACACAAAAGCAGAGGUCAGACGACCGGCAGAGUCUGCGCGCGCUGAUGGAUGCAUGCGUGGGUGCAGGGCAAUGGCGGUACGCUCCCCCUAUCGCGCAGACGCUGGAAGAGUUGCCGCUGGUGGAUGCUACGACGUCGCCGACGCUCGCUACGACAUUGGAAGCGCGGGGCAUUGCCGCGCCUGCGUUUCUGCAGUGGUACAACGCACACACCCGCGCUACGUGGGCUGAAUGUGCUACCUACUUACAUUCCUUACCAGCCGGCCACGUCCCCCCGUUUGUGCUGCAGCGCGCACUCCACAAAAUCGACAGGAUGGCCGACGCCGCGAGUGCGGUUCGUGUCGUAUCGCAGCAUAUACCGAGCUACAAUGUCGAGGAAGCCACGCGCUUGUGCUUGCUGCUAUGGGCCCUGUGCAUUCGGCGAUGGCAGGCAUGGCAUAUGGCACGUCCGAUCGCAGAGAUGACGAUGCACUGUGCCACGCGGUGGCUUCACGUGCGAACGCCGCAGCCUGCCAAGGCGCAACGGCUCUUGCAAACGGCGGGCGUGAGCUUGGUACGUGGUGCGCGUGAUGAACGUGUACGCCACGCGUUCCUGCAAGUGUAUGCCAUGGCAUGUGAGCAUGUGCCGAGUGCGGCCAAAACCAUCGAGCAGUAUAUCCUAAAACAUAUGCCGACCCAAGCCUCCUCUGCAUGGCUCGAUGUGGCAGCGUGGCAGACGAUGCUAGCGGCCCGACCGACCAAGCCGCGCGCUGCGUUGCUGCGUGUCGGGAUUCGUCUGGCGGCCUCGGAACGUCGUAUGGAGCAAGCGCGGGCCUGGUACGACGAGCUUGGCGCGCCACAGACGCCGAGCACCAGCAGCACGGCAUUCCUGCGAGCUCUCUCGCACAUAGCUCCUGACACAGAUCUGCGCGAAGCAUGGGCGCUGUUUGAUCAGAUCAGUGCAGGGCACGACGGCAAGGGCGACGGCGAACAUGCGCAGGCGAAGCUCAACGACUGGAUCCUGAUGCUGCGCGCAGCGGCGAUCGAUGAACGCAUUCCCGUGCAGCGAACCAUGGCGCUGCUGGGCUUGUACGAGACAGACGAGCCGCUGCAUGUAGGAUGGCACGCCCCAGCAUCGAUCCAGGCGCAGCUAGCGACUUCGGUCGUGGCGCAUACGGCGCUGGUCGAUGGACUGAUAGCACGGCACGAGCUUGCGCGGGCCUGGGCUGUGUGGGAGGCAAUGCUGCGACGUGGCAUUGUGCCGGAUGUAUGGGCGCUGACGUCGCUGUGCCGUAUCUAUCUGCACGCUGGCGAGCCUGUACGUGCACUGGAAUGCGUACUGCAAUACUGCCGCGAAGGCGUGGCUUUGAUACCCAAUGCGGGGGUGCACGACGUACGUGUGCCACCCAGCAAGGACGCACUCGGUGCGUGGCCCAUUCCGACCAGCACCACAGAGACGGCGCCGCGUGUCCGUGUCGUGCCCAGUCCGCAUUUGGCCAAUACGCUGCUCGCCGGGCUGGUGCGUCUGGGUGCGUACGAGACGGUGAUGCACCUGUGGCAGGCCCUCGGGCCGACGUUGCACGUCGUGCCUGACGUGAUAUCGCUGGAUUUAAUGCUUCGCGCCGCGACGGCGCAGACGUAUGCACAGCAGACGGAGACGACGUACCCACCGCCUACGUCCUCCUCACGCCUGUGGCCCUACGCGGCGCGAGCCUACUUUCGCCGGACGUUGCAGACACAGCACCCCGACCUGCAACAGUGUCAGAACCCACUCGAGACGUCAGGCGCACGUGGCUGGUUCCUGCGCGGCGAAUUGCAGUGGCGGCGGUGGGAACGCUGGUGGGAAGACCGCGUGACAGGGUUGUGGGGCGGGGGGCCCUCGGCUGUGAACGCAUGGAACGACGCGGGGGAGGCCUCGUCGUCGCCUGCGCCCCCGGCGCUGUGCCUGGAUGCACGUGUGUUCCACCAGUAUGCAGAGCUCCUGCUAGCGCUGAUCGAGACCGCGCCGGGGCUUGGCGCUACGGCGUCAUGGGCGCAGGCGAUGACGGAAGAACUGUUCAUGGUCGCUGCGUGGAUGCGCGCCCUGGAUUUGACGCCGCAGACCUCGACAUUGUGUCUGCUAUGCUCGGCCCAAGAUGAAUUGCUGCCGCCUAUGAGUGGCGCGAUGCCGCUACGUACCUACCUCAGCACCUGGCUCGGCGCUGAGCAUAGGCGUAUGGGUAUGCGGGUCGUACAGACCGAUCGGCGGCUCGGCGGCCCGUCGCGCGCGACGCUGGGCGGCCUGCGCAGCUUGCUGCCGCGCGGCCACAUCGGUAUCUUGCGCACGCUCCCAGGGCGGCCGAGUAUCGCAAAACAAAUGGUCGUCUGGAUCGACUUUCAUGGCCGCCGCAGGGUCCUCCACCUUCGUCGCCGGCGCCUUGGCACUGGGUGCCAUGGCCCACAUGUGAUCGCGGCGCGCCACCAGGAGCUCGGUGUUCAUCUCCCGAACGCUUUUGGCGUACACGGCCAUCCAGUUCUCCUCGGUAACGUCAGCACGUUGCAGCGGUCCGCGGCGGUACAGCGACGUGCCAGCACGAACAAAGGGUGA